AUGCAGGACAAGUUAGACAUCAAAAGGACAUUGGAAGAAGAAGCUAGGAAUAGCCAGUGGCUUGUUCUCUGGCUCGAUUGUGACAGAGAAGGGGAGAAUAUUGCAUUUGAGGUGGUAGAUGUCUGCACUGCUGUUAAUCACCGUCUGGUUAUAUGGAGGGCUCAUUUUUCUGCAUUAAAUGAGGGAGAUAUCUUGGCAUCGGUUCAAAAUCUUGUUCAACCCAAUAAAUUAUUUUCAGAUGCUGUCGACGCUAGGCAGGAAAUUGACCUUCGCAUAGGUGCCUCAUUUACUAGAUUUCAGACAAUGCUGCUGAAAGAUGCAUUUGUUCUGGAUUUUCCUGGGGAUGAUAGGAGUGUAGUCUUAAGUUAUGGACCCUGUCAGUUCCCUACUCUUGGGUUUAUUGUUGAACGAUAUUGGGAGAUACAAGCACAUGAGCCUGAAGAAUUCUGGACGAUUAAUUGUUCUCAUACUUCAGAUGAGGGCACUACUAUUUUCAAGUGGAUAUAUGACCGUUCAUUUGAUUACACAUGUGCUGUUGCAACCUAUGAGAUGUGCGUUGAAGAACCCACAGCAACUGUUAAAAACGUCAAGCAUGUAGAGGAGCUGAGGUAUCCUCCAUACCCAUUGAGUACAGUUCAACUCCUAAAACGCGCAUCAACAUAUUUGGGAAUGAGUUCUGAGCGCACUAUGAAGGUAGCUGAAGAGCUUUACAUGUCAGGAUUCAUUAGUUACCCUCGCACAGAGACAGAUAGUUUCUCGGCGAACAGUGACCUAAAGGUUAUGGUGAGGGAGCAAAUUGGACAUCCAACUUGGGGUUCAUAUGCUCAACUACUUUUGGACCCUCAAAGUAGGCUUUGGAGAAACCCUGGUAAUGGUGGUCAUGAUGACAAAGCACAUCCUCCAAUUCAUCCUACUAAGUUUUCUAGUGGUGAAUCAGGGUGGAGUCAAGACCAUAAUAGAUUGUAUGAGCUUGUUGUGCGCCAUUUCCUUGCUUGUGUUUCACAACCAGCUGUAGGGGCUAAAACUACAGUGGAGAUUGAUAUUGCUGGUGCACAGUUUUCUGCUUCUGGGCGUACAAUAUUAGCAAAAAAUUAUCUGGAUGUUUAUAAAUAUGAUUCAUGGGGUGCUUCUGUGAUUCCAGCUUAUGUUCUUGGACAACAGUUUCUCCCGACGACGCUAACACUUGAUUCAGGGUUGACAAGGCCACCUCCUCUCUUGAAAGAAGCUGAUCUGAUUGGCUGUAUGGAUAAGGCAGGCAUUGGAACAGAUGCCACUAUGCAAGACCACAUCAAAAAGUUACUUGAUCGACAUUAUGCCAGAAAAGAUCCGAAUACAUUUUUCUCACCAACAACACUUGGAGAAGCUCUAGUGAUGGGUUAUGAUGAUAUGGGGUAUGAACUUUGGAAACCAUAUCUUAGAUCUAAGAUGGAGGAGGACAUGAAGGAAGUUAGCAUAGGUACAAAGAGAAAAUCCGAAGUUCUGGAGAGUUGUUUACGGGAAGUGAAAGCAGUUUUCGUAGAUGCAAGGAGGCGAAAAGAAAACCUCUUAGAAGCAAUGGAACUUUUCUUUGAGAGGUCUAACAGACCUGCUGGUGAUGCACACAAUGGCGGAGAGGUUGUGCGGCGAUGCAAUGCAUGCCAUGAAUCUGAUAUGGUACUAAGGCGAAAACUGAAUGGAGGUUUAAUGGUUGGCUGCUUGAGUUUCCCACUUUGUAGGAACGUUGUGUGGCUCCCAGGAGCAACAGCUGAAGCUAUUGUAACCACCAACUUAUGCUCUUCUUGUGUUCCAGGACCUGUUUUCAAGAUUCAAUUUAAGUUUCGCCGGCUAGAGAUACCACCUAAUUAUGAUGUUGAUCAUUUGGGCUGCAUUGGUGGCUGUGAUGCUAUAUUGAGGGAGCUGAUAGAAAUUUGUGGGACGGGAUCGCGAAUGCCUUCCGGUUGCCCAGCAAGAGGACAAACGGCUGGUGAAACUCCGAACAGUACAAGAAGAGGAAACCUAGGACAGGAUGUAUGUCCACAUUGCAGGCAAACAGGGCAUUCAUCAAAUGAAUGCCCCUCUCAAGGUUCCCGUUCUCGUAGUGCUCAAUCUAGCAGAGUCCAGAACUCAAGAAAUAAUAUAGGUCAAAUCCCAUGCGAGUCAUGUGGAGCAUCAUGUCCAGUAAGAACAGCUGCAACAGAGCAGAAUAGAGGAAGGAAGUUCUUUUCCUGCCAAAACCAGGAGUGUGGUUUUUUUGUGUGGGAUGAUAAUUUAGGCAGUGGAGGAGCGCAAGGACGAGGAGGAUCUCGUGGAGGUCGCAGCAAUAGGGUAUCAUCAUCCGCUGCAAGAAGAGGCAGUGGUGGUCGUGGUGGCGGUGGCCGAGGACAGAGAGGAGGACGAAAUGAAGGCUCUACGUUUGUGUCAGCUACUGGUGAACCGCUAUCCGGGAGAUGUUUUGUUUGUGGUGAUCCUUCUCAUUUUGCAAAUGCUUGCCCAAAUAGAGGCAGGUGAAAUCUUCUCUCAUCAGAUUGAGGCAUUUGAUGCGAGAUCUGAUAGAUUGAAGAGGACUGGUGAAUUCUACUGUUAUAUCGUGUGGCAGGUAUAUUUGCUUGCUAAGUUAGAGUUGAAUAGACCUGUACAGAUAAAAUGAGGGAACUAAAUGAAAACAGCUGGUUCACUUGGUUUUAUUAA